AAGUGCUCGGUGAGACCAGAGGCGUCCGGCCAUUCAUAAGCCCCUGCAGGGAGCCGGGAGACAGAAGGACCUUUCGGCCAGCGCAUCUCCAGGACUGGUGAAGGAAAGCAGAACGUGGCCGGUUAUCAAGGAAAAAAACCCAAACCAAAACAAAAGCCAAGGGAGUCCAUCUAGCAUGAACAUCUGAGCAGCCAGGCCAUCGUUCCUAUGACCGCGCGAAGGCACUAUAUUUUCCCACGAACUCUAAUAACACCUCGCUUGUACUCCGAAGGGACGAUGGGUGGCAUUGCCCAAAUCACACCCUUCCUGUACCUCAGUAAAGGAAGCGUUGCCUCCAAUCGCCAACUGCUCUUAGCACGUGGCAUCACCUGCAUCAUCAACGCCACCGUCGAAGUCCCGAACCUCAACUUCCCCAACUUCGAGUAUGUCCGAGUGCCAGUGGCCGACAUGCCCAGUGCCCCCAUCUCCCUUUACUUUGACAGCGUGGCUGACAAAAUCCAAAGCAUUGCCCGGAAGAAUGGUGUCACUCUGGUCCACUGUGCGGCUGGCGUGAGCCGAUCCGCCACCCUGUGCAUUGCAUACCUGAUGAAGUACCAAAACGUCACCUUGUACGAGGCCUACCACUGGGUGAAGGCAAGGCGCCCCAUCAUACGCCCCAACGUGGGCUUCUGGAGGCAGCUGAUGGACUAUGAGUGGGAGCUGUAUGGGAGGAACAGCGUUAAAAUGGUGCAAACUCCUUACGGGAUGAUGCCGGACGUUUACAUGGGGGAGAGGAGGGUCUUUGUGCCUUAUUGGGGGAUCUAAGGAGAGGAAGCCGGAGCAGGAGGUGGGGGCUACCCAAACUGUCCAGAACGGAGGACGUUCCACCUCGAUUCGGAGGGCGCCCCACCUCUUGGGGCCAGCUUCUUCCGUGUCAGCUGAACCUCAGAAGCAUUUUCAAAGCACUAAACCAGCAACCUCUUAAUCAGGGGGGCCUUAAUCCUACAUCCUGCAUAGCAAAGUUGGCUUUAGCAUCUGUAAAGCGCACUUUGCGAGCCCAUUUCAAGGAGAAGAAUUCAUGACACCAAACCACUUAAAUGGGGGAAGAAACAACCCAUGUACUAGCUAUUAUUAUUAUUAUUAUUAUUAUUAUUAUUAUUAUUAUUAUUAUUAUUAUUAUUAUUUCUCACUUGUAAUAGAUGCUUUCUUGGCCAACAGUUGCAUAAGGAGUGACUGUACUCUGUAAAAUUUGGGAUUUUUAAAGAAAGUAAUGGUCCAUCUCCAAAUACAGAGGAAAGAAGGCAUUUAUUUUAAAUACAAGUAUUUAGUCGGAAAGGUAUUCCAUCCCUUUCUGUUAAUGUAUAGCUCAGCUUUUGAAUUUCAGUUUUGGGGACAAAAUCGGGUGGGGGGGAGGGAGAAAUGUCAACUGGACAAUCUACCACAAAUAAAAUAAUUUAGACAAUUUA